AUGAAGACCACCGCCUUCUGCGCCGGCCUUUUGGCGGUUGGAGCGUCUGCCCACAUGCAAAUGUCCAAACCCUAUCCCAUCCGCAGUCCGUUGAAUAGCAAAAGCACCGAGCAGAAGGACUACUCAUACACCAAUCCCCUGGACCCGUCUGGUGCCAACUAUCCUUGCAAAGGCUAUGCCAACGACCCGUUCCAAUCUCAAGCUAGCUACUCUCCUGGCGGGACAUACGAGAUGGAGCUCGACGGUAGUGCGGUUCAUGGCGGAGGUUCCUGCCAAAUUUCCUUGACCUAUGACAAGGGCAAGACGUUCAAAGUGAUCGAGUCGAUGCUUGGCGAAUGUCCCAUCAGCAAGAAAUACUCCUUUCAGAUUCCGUCAGAUGCUCCUACUGGCGAGGCGUUGCUGGCAUGGAGUUGGUUCAACAAGGUUGGGAAUCGUGAGAUGUAUAUGAACUGCGCAAUGGUCACCAUCGGCGGCUCUACCACACAAGGGCCCAACAGUAAGCCCUCCAGGGUCGACAACGAGGGGCCGCAAGGCCACGGCUUCCUGGAUGGCCCCUUGAACCACACUCUUCAUGGUCCUUUCGGUCACCAUGGUCACGCUGGUCAUCGCCCUCAAGUCCCCGCCCUCGCACCGCGAGACAUGGCCGGAAAUGAGAUGGCAAUGGUCUUUGACAGUCUGCCUGCCAUGUUCAUCGCCAAUGUGAAUCAAGUCGGCGGAUGUGUGACUAUUGAGGGCGAGGAGGUCGACUUCCCACAGCCGGGCUCGAAGGUAGUCGGCAAGAUCGAUACUUCGGGCAAAGGCUACAAGUGUAGUGGAGAUGCACCCUUCCUGAGCAGCGGAAGUGGCAGUGGUAGCAGCAGUGGAAGCACAACACCUGCUUCGCAAUCCACCUUGAGCUCUUCUUCCCCUUCAACCAGCAUGUCUACUAUGGCAACCUCAUCAGCCGCCGCUGCCACAUCCUCUACCAUGGUCACCUCUGCGAUGUCGGCCGCAUCCUCCACAUCAAAGAGUGCCCCGGAGACCAAGGGCACAUCUGUUGCGUCUUCAUCCGAAGCUGCCGCCUCACCUACUGCUACACCCUCGACGACGCAAAGCACCAGCUCCGACAGCAGCGCCGAUGACACCAUGAUCAGCCUCGCUCAACUGGCUGAGCUGGUGUCAUCACUCUCUUCUGCGGCGGCUCGGCCUACGGCCAAUAGUCGUGUUGGCGGCAAUCUUCGUUAUCAAGUCGCCUCCACCAACGCCGCAUUCUCCAGCUAUGUUUCGCAGUGGCCAUGUGGCCCCGGUGACUUGAUCUGCUCUCCAGAUGGAAGCAGCUGGGCCAUGUGCUCUAAUGGGCAUCCCGUUUACAUGGGCACUGUGGCUCGGGGCAUGUCGUGCCGCCUUGGUCACAUGGUUCGGUCUUAG